AUGGCACAAUCGGAACCUAAUGGAGUGUUUGUGAUGGUGGAACUCAACUACCAAGGGGUAUUUAAUCAAAAUCCUUUCUCUUACACUGGUGGUGUGAAAACUAUGUUCACUAAUGUCGACUUUUCUUCUAUGACUUAUUCUGAGUUUGUGACCUUUUGUGAACAUUUCAAGCAUGAAGAGUCUUAUGGAACAGAUGGUGUAAUUGCGAUUUAUGUGGAUCAUAUUGGGGUUGGUGUUGGUGGGUGGUUUGAUGGUGAACAUGAGCCUUGUAUUGAUACACAUUCAAACAUUUUAGUUCAAUACAUAUCGAUUGAAGGAAAACGAGCAACAAGUCGUGCCGCUAACAUAGAUGAAGAUAACAUAGAUGAACUUAGGAAUGUUGUCUUUGAAUUUUAUGAGGAUGUAGUGCAUAUGAAUAGGACAUCAAAUGAUCCUUUCGUGAGUAAGUUAUGUGUUGAUGAUGAGGAGGAUAACAACAUUAUAGAUGAUGAUAAUGGGAGAGAAGUUGAACCUAACAUCCAAACUAUUUCCAUAUUUAAUGAGCUAUUACAUUGGAAAAGAUAA